CGUUGGUUCGAGUUUACCGAUUUUCAGCUGUUUUUGCUGCAACUGUUUUCCUCCGUUCUGUUGGCCUUGCUGGUGCUGAUAGCGUUAUCCUGGUGCAAGUACGGAAAUCGCAUCACUAAUCGAUUUAUCCGACCGAGCACUGCUAAGGAGAUCGAAGAGCUGAAGCUUUCGGUGGCCCGAUUAAAUCUUCCCAAGGAGCAUACGCCAAGGAUCUAACGAGCCAGCCGAACAAUGGCACCGAGUAAGAUAAAGAACUUUUUCCUGAAGAAGAAAGCCGAAGCGAAGCUAAAGCUCGGUGUUGCCGGUCCCGGAAGGAAGCUUAAUUCGGAGGCACCACCACCAUCGUCGAAGGCCAGCUCAUCGAAGCAGAAGGACGUCUAUAUUCCACCGAAACGGAACGAACUGUCAGCCGAAGCGAAGGCCGCCGCUAAUGCCGCACUGGCACGGUUCGAAGGGAAGGACAAGAAAGAGUUCAACACCUCCCUAGCGGCCAUCCGUGCGCAGGUUCGCAAAGAGCUGGAAGCGGAAAGGAAGGCCAAAGAGGCGGGCCAUACAUCCGACCAGGCGGAAACGGCCGAAACGGAAACUGCUGCGCAGGAAGCACGCAGUGAUUAUGCGGUUCGGGGUGUGUUCUUCCGCUGUCCAAUGAUUGGGGAUGAAGUGUUGCCCUACAAGGAAUGGAAGGGAAAAAUUAAGGAGUUUCUGUACGAGCAGCUGGCCGCCGAUAGGGGCCUAACGGCCUGUCUGAUAAUCUACAACUGCAACCCCAAAGAUAAGGCCGAGGUGUGCAUCGAAACGCUUACCAAAUGCAUCGAAAAUAUCAUAAACAACCCGAACGAGGAGAAGUACAAGAAACUGCGCAUGAGCAACCGAAUGUUUUGCGACAAGAUUAAGGUGUGCGAAGGUUCGCUGGAUUUUCUCCGUGCCGCCGGGUUUGCCGAGAUUGAGCUGGACAAUGAACCGCAUCUGAUCUGGUCGGAGGAUAACAUCGAUCCCGAGUGUUCGCUGGAGGUGUUGCUGGAAGCGUUAAAAGCCUCCGAAACGAUCCCGGUCGUGCUGGACCGUAAUCUGCAGGUGUUGCUACCGUCGCAGGUAAGGCGAAACAAUCUGCCGCCGGAUUUCUUCCGAAUAUCGGCGGAAGAAAUCAAGCGUGAACAGCAACUGCGCACGGAAGCGAUCGAACAGGCGCAAAUUCUUAAAACGAAAGCGAUGCGCGAACGAGAAGAGUUGCGCACGAUAAAUCGUUACAAAUUUACGCUAAUACGCGUCCGGUUCCCGAACGGUGUGUAUCUGCAGGGUACGUUUAAUGUGUACGAAAAGUUGGGCCAGGUGUACGAGUUCGUGCAGUCGUGUUUGAUGCACGAAUCGGCCGAAUUUGCGCUGGUUUUGCCCGGUGGUCAGAAAUUUGACGAACGGGAAGAUCUGGACAAGUCACUGUACGAUCUGCGACUCGUGCCGACGGUGGUAUUUAACUUUACGUACGAACACGAGUCCAAGAAUCUGACCGAUUUUCUGAAGGAGGAACUGAUGCUGUUGAUUCAAUCGUUUUAAUAAAGUCAUUAUUCGAGUCCGGUUCUAACAAAAACGAAUCUGUGUACACGCUCCCCGCGCUGCGAUUUGCACGAUGUUAAAUUAUAUAUUUUUUAUUCAUAAAAUAUUAUACUAGCUACUUUGAGGCAGCGUGUAAAAAUCAUGUAAGGUGUGAAUAAUUGUGAUCAAUGAAGUAUAAUAUCGUAAUAAAAGCGAUGAAGUACCAUACAGGCAA